CUGGCCGAUCGAACGGUGUAACGACGUGUCUUCGCGCGAACGAGAACAAGCGGUUUCGAGGAAAGAAAAAUCGACGUGAAGUGAAGGGCCGGCCGCCGGCUGCUAAGUGAUUCUUUGUGAUUUGCCGUUUGCCGGUUUGGCAGAACCGACCACCAUCGGUGCCCAGGAUCAUUCGUGCAUCCACGAAGUGACUCGAAAUCAACGGUGAUCUGUGGGAGUGACAAAGGUAGCAGUUAGUGAACAAAAGAAAUUGUUGAAAAAGACGAAAUUCGACCGGGUGCCUAGUGCCGAGAACUCAGCCGCGGAACGAUGUCAACCGACGACCCGUGGAGGUACCGCUCACAGGCUGACCCUUCCCCGGACCGCCAUCCCCAUUUAUCAACAAACGUGCGACACCAACGACAACGACAACGCCGACAGCAGCAGUGGUGGUCAUCGUCGUCGGCCCUCCAAGCCAUGCUGCUACUGGCUGUGUUCGCCCUGACAGCUCUGCUACCCAGCGGCGCGUGUCACCCAAGAAGCGCCCAAGAUGAAGCACUCUACACCGAUGCAUUCGAGGGACCGACGAACAGAUCUUCCGUAUCAUCAUCGUCGUCGUCGUCGUACAGUCGUCCCACCGCGGCGUUACAGAGCAAUCGUGCAGCGCAGCGGCAGCAGCAGCAGCAGCAGCAGCAACCGCAACAUAUGAGGCCACCACCGGCGGUGGUCACGUCGGCAACAGGUAGGGCCACCUCGGUACGCCGUGCCAUUCGACCGUACCGCGUGCACCACGACCGUACGGGGGUUGUUCGUACGGGGCGCAAUACAUUCGGCUACACGGUUACCAAUCCAUCGCUCGUUGGUUCCACUCCGGGAGCUGCGAUACGGCCACAUCGUAGCAAAUCGAACGUUCGACAGCAGGGAAACCAGCGCGUGUACGAGAAUGUGCAGACCGGUACGAUCAUACUGCCGGUCGGCGGUCGAGCAUUUCUGGAACCGGAUCACAACCGUACGAUACCGGUGUCAGCACGGCAGGAUGGAGGGGGUUUCCGUCCCCGCAUGGCUACUAAUGGACGCAAGCGCCCCGGCCGUCCCCAGUUGCAGCAACAGCACGGUGGUGGCCACCACGGUACGAAGCAGCACUUCCCGGCCCAUGGACGACGCCACGGCAUACAGCAUCAGCAAAAGUUUACCGUCAUCGAUGGACUGUGCAUCAAGUGUCCACCGGAGAAGACGGCAAUCGCGCGCAAAGGGCUCGACGGUGUACUGAUCGAGCCACCGUUGCUGACCACGUGCCGCGAUCGCCCCAUCUCGAAGGAUCUGUACGAGCUGGAGACACUGUUCGGUCCGAAGCUAAACUUUGUGCUGCCCCAUUCCAAUGGUGUUCCGUUUAGCUUUCUGGCCAAAGUGAUUAGCAAGCAUACGGGGGCGGCCGUACAGACGUGUGAGAUGCGGUACACCGUGGUCGUGAAGCAGUGCCGUCGCUACAAACCGAAAAACCGCGAUCUGAAGGCGAUCUGCAAUCUCGGUAACAUUUGGGGCUCUCGGUGUACGUUCCAUUGCCGCAACGGUGGCUACCUGAGCCAACCGAACUCGUUCGUGGAGUGCAGCGAGGACGAAAUCUGGGAAGGCGAAGAACCGUACUGCACGUUCAAUGAUGUAUCGGAUGAUUAUGCCGCGGAUGCGAGUGAUGGACAUACCCUGUCCGGGACUGACUGUCAGCUCGAUAUUCCACCGGCGAAUGGAAGGUUUGCGUGCGAUCUGAAGGACACCGACAACGGUGACGAUGCCGAGCUAACGAUCCCGAAUGGAACCGCGUGUCAGGUGAAGUGCGACGAGGGCCAUGACAUCCCGGAGCAUCUUCAGCCGGCCGCCUUCUUCGGUUGCGUGGAUGGCCAGUGGAACAACACGAUGCGCCCGUUCUGCUACAAAUCAUCGACGAUCAACGUCGGCGGAAACAACCAGCGCCGUCGCGGAUACGGUUAAGAACGAAUCUCGUGCUACUGGAUGGCACUAGGAUUAGGGCUCUUAUUAGUGUUAGUGUGUGUGCCGCUGGUUUGUUUCAUAGAAGCAUCCUGCAAAAAUCGAAGCGACUAUAGAUUAGGGGAAAGUCCGAGAUAGCGGUGUGAAAUGGUGUGAAAGGCGGUACGUUAGGAAUGUAUUAGCUUAAAUUACCUCUUGGCGGUAGAAGAACUCGGUCGAAGGAUCGUUAAUGGACGUGAGUGUGAAGGAAUGUGUGUGCCUUACCAGACGGCAGGUUUAAACCGGCUCGUUGCCAUACCUUUAUGGAAAACACACUCUCACAAUGUACUUAAACUUGAUCGCCCAUGAUGAUUCCCCUCAAGUAGGUGCGAGUAUGCUUAUCACUGUGCUUAUUAAAAUGAAACGCGGCUUCGGCAGGAUCUUCAAAAAGAGAUUUAAAGCCAUGUAUUGCGCUGCUCGAGGUUCAGACUCGGGGUUCAGUCAAAGAACAGUAAAAGAGUGUAUAGGCAAUUAAGGGGAGGAAGGGCAGUUAAAUAUGAAUCCUUAUUGUAACUCAAAAUUGCUGUGCCAAAAACGAGGAAAGCAUCAUUACUGUUCCUUAUUACUUACUGCUCAUUCGAAUCUAUGUUUUCUUGUGUUUUGGCCGUUUUUUGCAGCUUUUUUCGAACUUAACAAUCUAGGUGUGGUGAGCAGACUGUAUAGUUCCCCCUCCUGAGGCAGUCCGGCACGGGGUGAACGGUGACUGUGAAUGCGCAGCGUGGCGCAACGUUAGCUCAUGCUGAAUACGCUCUAAACGCUGUUACUUGUAAUGCAAAGAAAGAAAAAAAUAAUAAGAAAAUACAUUGGAUAACAAGAUGUUUAACAAACAAUGCCCAUCUUUUAAUUAUUUCUUAACAGUUAAAACCUCUCGAUCGUCCUCUCAUAGAAGUGAACUCUGCACCUUUAUCUGAGAAUCGGAUUUCAAUGUUGAUAAUAGAA